CGCUCGUGUCGCUGACGCCGGAUGUCGUGGACGGCACACUUCCUAAUUUUUCACUUUUUCUCUGAAGAAAGAAGUUGUCAUGGCGUGUUCGUGGCCCGUUAAGAUUGGAAUUAUUGGCGGCUCUGGUCUUGACGAUCCAGAUAUCCUGGAGGGAAGAACGGAGCGAUACGUUGACACACCGUAUGGGAAGCCAUCGGAUGCUCUGAUUCUGGGGAAGAUCAAAAAUGUGGACUGUGUGCUCCUUGCAAGACAUGGGAGACAGCACACCAUAAUGCCAACAAACGUGAACUACCGGGCCAACGUGUGGGCCCUCAGAGAAGAAGGCUGUACUCAUCUGCUGGCCACCACGGCCUGCGGCUCACUGCGAGAGGAGAUCCAGCCUGGGGAUAUCGUCGUCAUCGACCAGUUCAUUGACCGGACCACCAAGAGAGCGGAGACGCUGUACGACGGUCAGCCCAGCAGCCCUCCAGGUGUUAGUCACAUCCCCAUGGCUGAGCCUUUCUGCAACAGGACUAGAGAGGUUCUGAUGGAGGUGGCCAGGAGUCUGGGGAUCAGGUGCCACGUCCGAGGGACCAUGCUGUCCAUCGAGGGACCCCGGUUCUCCUCGCGUGCGGAGAGCCUGAUGUUCCGCCAGUGGGGAGCUGACGUCAUCAACAUGACCACGGUGCCAGAGGUGGUCCUGGCCAAAGAGGCUGGACUGUGCUAUGCCAGCAUCGCCAUGGCAACAGACUACGACUGUUGGAAGGAGCACGAAGAAGCAGUCUGCGUGGACAACGUUCUGAAGACGAUGAAGGAGAACGCCAACAAGGCCAGCAGCAUCCUGCUCACUGCCAUCCCACAGAUCAGUCAGAUGGACUGGACCCACACCAUCAAGAGCCUGAAGUCCAUGGCUCAGUCUUCAGUGAUGCUCCCAAAACACUGAAGGACAAAACGACCAAACGCCCACAUCCAGAUCCAGCUCCGAGCACAGAACCGGACUCAGCACUGACUCACAGGAAGGCGCCGAGGGUUCUGUCCUGGUUCUGAUGCACUCCCUUUCUCUUCAGCAGGUUUCAUCAUCCUGUCACGUUUUUAACGAGGAGUCCAGACGCUAUGUUACCAACUGUUUGUUCCCGUGUGUUCUGCCCAUAUUUGGUCGUUUUACUCCAGCAGGAAGCAGAACUGCUCAUUUAUUCUAGAUUACAGCCUUAAAGGAAACCGUUGAGAGCUUAAUCUGUCGUCUUCAGCGUGUUUGCUGGACCGCAGGUUUUGAAGGAUUGA